CCACCUUCCCUUGCCGCUCCGCAGUCCGUCAAUCCAUCGACAACGCGCAGCCAACCGCCACCACCAUGACCCCGCUCCUCCUCCGUCCGACGCUCCUCCUCUCGCGGCUCCCCCGCGCCGCCCUGCUCGUGCGUGGUGUCCAAACCACCUCUCCCACAAUCACCAAGCCGAACGUCGCCGGCACCCCCAACGCCUCGGCCACCAAUGCGGUCCCCACCGACUCCCCGGCCAUGGACGGCCCGCACCCCAAGGACCUUGCCGAGUCCGUCGAGGCCGGCGAAGCCGCGCGCCACACGCAGGCUCCCAACCGCGCCACUACCUGGUCCCGCUCGCAGCGCUCUAGGGCUAUGGCUAUGGUCGGCCCGCGCUUCGAGCAGACGAAUAUUGCGCAGCAGCCCGCACCUUGGGCCGCUAUCGACCUGAUCCAUCAGCAACCGGUGAGGUGGUCCGAGAGCAGGGUAGUUGCUUGCGAUGGCGGUGGUGGCCCUUCGGGACACCCCAGGGUGUUCAUCAAUGUCGAUAAGCCCGAGGUCACACCGUGUGGGUACUGUGGCCUGCCGUUUGCGCAUGUCAAAAAUCGGAAACACCUUGAACAACACGGUGCGAGCUACCCGUUGGAAUAGGGACGGGCGGCGCGGGGUGAGGGCUUGUAUAAAGGGCUGUAUUAGAAUUGAGAUCGGUG